AGUCAUGCAUGUACGUGGCUGUUCGAGAAAAUUGUGCGCUGGUAUGUCGGCGAACGCCGGGACGUCGGCGACUACCGCAACCCCCGGCGUGGCCCUGACGAAGGCACGAGGGUUUCCAGUCGCGUGUUCUCGUCGUCACGGCGCGGCCAGCCAGCCGCGCACCGUAAGAAUGUAAUCGGCUCGCCGAGUACUCCUCGUUCGCACGUUUGUCGUCGUUCUCGCCGUGAUGGCAUGCGAAAUACCGUAACGUCGCCGGGCUGCAUAAGGCCGUCGGCGCGCAAAUGGCCCAAGGAAUCCCUGAGACGGCGUAUGAGCCGGGUACCGAGGAGGACGCAAGGAGAAAACGCGAGCGCCGGGUCGUUCAGGAGGGCACGGCGUUGUGGAGACGUCGGAAGGAGGAGCUGCAACGUCAGAAGCAUCGUGAGCAACGUGAACUGCAAGAAAUUCUGGCCAGUUACUCGCCGUGGGGAAAGCCAGGUGGCGGCGCGCCCUGUGCAGCCACUCUGAGGAAGAAAAACGUACCUCUGGAGCCGCUCGAGCCUCCCGCAUCAUCGAGACCGAGGUGUUACAGUUUCGGUCAGCUGGUGCAUCCUUCGCCGUGGGGUCGUCCCGGUCCUGGCGGAGUUCCUUGGAGGGAUCCCAAGUUGCUGGGUGUGCGCUUCCUCGAAUCCAUGGGUUGGACGAACAACUCGGUGAUCGACAGACUAUACAAGAGGAAUAUAGACCCUCCGGCUGUUGCGGACGUGAAUAAAUUCUACGAUGACAGGGCGACGCCAGGCAUCGUAUCGGAAACACAACCGCUGCAGGAUCCGAGGAACCUCUACAAGGAGGAGAUUCAGGUAUACGAGCUAACGGGUGGUGUCGAAUUGGUACCUUUGUUAACUAGCCGGCGUUAUCAGUCGCAUCCGCAGACCACGCGCUAUCUCGUCACGGACGCCACUCGUCCGGGAUACACGAUAGAAUCGCUUCGCGCCCUCGGCGUCGGCAAUCGGGAAUACAUCGCGGACCUCGCCGAGCAGAUACGUCGUAAACGGAACAGGGCGCUGGAGGAACGGCGGAUCGAGCAGGAGAGUUGUCGCAGGCACUUCGACACUUGGAAAAGGCUGUGGGGUAGACCGGGCCACGGCGCCCCCAUAGAUCACGCGCAACGGAACAAUCUCUACAACAUCCUCUACCGCCCAGCUAUCUAUUGAAUUUUCUCCGUAAAGUAUUUCGCCCUGCGAGGAAGCGUAAGAGCAAAGGGGGACCUCGUCCCGGUAAUGCCGCUCCGUAUUCUACGGGCUGAAUAAGGAGAAGACCGUUAGAUGUCGUCGAUGAUGCGACACGGUCGAUAGGGUCGUCGAACGGUACCCGAGUUUGGCGCCAAAAUGCUUUCCCAUCUUCUUUUCUCGGUUCUUUUUUAAUCUUGGGACAAUUGCGCGUAAUAACAAAUAUCGACUCGUUCGCACGAGUCGCUUAUUUUCGAAAUGAUGUAGAGCGCGCGGGUGUCGUGACGUUUAAAUAAAAUGUGAAGAUACAAAUCGGCGCGAUUCGUUCGUUUUAGCGCGCGAGAUAUUGAUAAACAAAAUAUAAAUUCGAAGCGCUUAUCAGUGUGAUGCGUUAUAAAACGGGAGAUAAAGUGCGUUUUUGAAUAUCGAAUGCAAAAAUUCGAUGGCGCUUGGGAAUUUAAAGUCUAGAACGAAGUCGGAAGCAUAGACACGUACUCGCGCUGUACUGUUUCUUAAAGUCGCUAAUGUUCAGUAAAUAGUUAGGUGUGUCACUCGGUGUGCAUGUACGAUAAUAUGAAAGCUUGUAAAUUUCAGACGGAAAAAGUAGUGGAAAGUUAGUGGAAAAUUAGGGCAAAAAUGUGUUAACAUCGACGUUCUUCUGUUUUCUUAUAAAACCGACUUGACAUGAAAAAGCGACGAGGAUGGUGGAUAACCUUUUAAAUUUUAUGAAAGCCUUGCGAGAGAGAGUGUGUGGGUGUUAUGAGAGGCAGAGAGAGAGAGAGAGAGAGAGAGAAAGAGAGAGAGAGAAGGAGGGAGAGAAAUAGAUGGAGAGAGCGAAGGGAAACUUGAUAAAUCAGGACCAUGAGUGACGCUAUGAUUGACCAAACCUCAAAGAAGCAAUCCCGUGAGAAUCUAGUUGCUGUAUGGAUCGAUGUGCUUUAAAUUUCAUGAACAUCAAGGAACGAUCAUUUGAAUAUAUGUAUGGAUGAAUGUAACACGCGCGCAGUACUAUCAAGAGAAAAGUUCCUCAAUCGGUUAUCGUAUUGUUAAAAUUUAAGCACGCUGUUGCUUCGCUCACCUUAUCUGUGUCCAGACGAGAUUCGCUUGCGUUUCGCGAGGUAUCGAUUUUAGUGCGAGUUUGCCAAAGAGAAAAUGCACGUAUUUACUUACGCGACCCAAAAUAUCUCUAGAAGACUUUGUGUGAUUAAUCUUACAGCGGGCUUGUGAUUUCCAUUUUUACAAACAACAAAACAAUACAUCAACUGGAUAUAUAUAUAUAUAUAUAUAUAUAUAUAUAUAUAUAUAUAUAUAUAGAACAUUCGUUUAAGAUUCAAUAGCGGAAGUGUCAUCGUACGCGCGAGAGAGUACUACCCCGUUGCGAGUUAGCCGGAAUAAAUUUUCCUCGCCAUCGGUGGAGAGCGAUUGAUUCUCUCUCUUUCAUCAAGCGAAAUCAAUGUUCUCCAAUUUGAACGCAAAUGGCUGCGUGAAUCGCGCGGGUGUGUUGGUGCGCUCAUGAAUCGUAAAUCGUCGUCCGCGCGACGUUCGCACGCCCGCGUUCCCGUCCGUUCGUUCGUUCGCUCGCUCGCUCGCUCGCUCGAGUCGUUCGCUCUAUCGCUUCUAUCAACCGAUUUGCGUAAUACGUUAAUUAGACAUUAAACGCUCGGUAACCAGGCACUAACCCGGAAGGGUAACGGCACUAUCUUUAAUGGAUGUGGGUUAUUUAAUUUGCUCGGCUGUUUGGGCGGCGCGGCGCGGCGCGGUUUGUACGCGGAAAGGCGCACCUUCAUCCUGUUUCCGUCUGGAGAGCGCAGUUUCAACCCUCCAUCCUUCCUCGUUGCCGGCGGCCCCGGUUCGCCCUCUUCGUUCACCACCUAGCCGAGCCCACUACCGCCUAGCCGGCGGGUGGAGAGAGCGAUCCACGAAAUCUCUCCUGCCUUCGUCGUAUGCAUCCCCCGAGCGCUCGCGUACCUCCACGUCCGGCCCCUCCGCCAUCCCUCCCAGUUUCAGCCACCCUUCUAGCUAGCUACCACCAAGCAGCACGCUUUUGCUAUUGUCUGACUAUUGUGCCGCUGUUACCGCGGUGUGUCGGUCCGUUUGUAUAAGGGUGAUUCAUUUUCUGGGAAAUAUCAGUUCCUGCACCGCAUGAAUUUCGACUCACGCGAGCGCGUAAAACCGCGAGUGUGUUGUACGUGCUCAUCUCCCUCUCUUUCUCUCCCUCUCCCCUCUCCCUCGAUCUCGCUCUCGCUCGCUGGUUAAUCUCGUGCCCUCUUCGUCGUCGGGCGCGAAUUAAGCCUUUCGCGGACUCUAGGCAAGCAUAAAUGCAUAUUCACCUCGUGGAGAUGUUAUUUUGCUCGGGCGCGGUGCUUUAUUUUGUAACAAACAUAUUCUUGCGAGAGUAAUUUUGCAAAUUAAAAUCGCGGCUGUUGGUACUUCGUCUCGCGAUCAUGCGCUUUUUCCACCGCUGUUUUCUGAGUCGUGAGCUUCUCGCACUUCGACGGCAUAAUCUCGGCAAUUACGACGUACGCGCGCGCGUGUAAUCUAACGGCAGAUAAAUUAAACCGCGCGUCACCGAAUUCGAUUGCGCUCGAGCCAGCGUGAUGAACGCGCGCGCGCGCGCGGUUGAGUAGAGUUCCCCCCGCGAUUUUCCCUUACAUUUAACGUAUAAAUAUAAAUAACCGGCGAGGGAGCGCUCUCAUAAGCGCGUUCCUCUAACUCGCGCACUACCCAGGCGGGUUUCGCCUGCUGCAGCUCGGCGAUAAAACGGCCCGCCUCCUCCAUCUCCAUUUUCCCUGCCCUGUUCUUGUUUGUUUGCGUCUCGUUCGCGCACGCCGACGCUAGCGGGGUGCAUUGUUACGAAAUUGGGUCAUCCGCUUACUGCAAUGAGAUACGCGGCUCGUCCCCGCGCCAUGAAAAUUGGUCGCGCAGAGCGGGGCUCUUCUCUUCUCUCCACCUCUGCCGUCAGGGAAAGAAGGUCGUGCGAGUUACGCGAGGGAAAUAGCGAGACUGGUAAUUCCGCGACGCUCUUGGGUCCUGGAGAAAGUUCUGGUUAGGGGGUGUCCCUUCCUCUUUUAGUACGCCGAAAUGAUAAACGACGAGUGACAAAUAGCCGUGACUGUAAUCAUUUAAAAGUACCGUUAGUCGAGCGCAUUCCCCGCGUUAGCGCUCCCCGAUGAAUAUAGCCGGCGAGCGGAGGUAUAUUCUCGGCACGAAUGCGAGGUACUAUGAGACUCAGGAUCUCGAAGGAGUGGAAUCCGCUUCGUAUCAACGUGAAAAAUGUUCGGUCUCUGUUUCCACCGUGUUGGAAAACGGAAUCUCGCGUGAACAUUGUUCGCAAUAUUGCGAUUAUCCGCUUGAUCGCGAGUGCCAUGCGACAUCCCGAGUCGAAAUUUCAGUCCUGCUUUAGACCUGAACUUUCUAACGUACGUAUAUUCUGAAGGAUCAGUGUACGUUUAAUACACGUGGAAACAGAAGUACUGCAUACAGAAAAAUAUUCAACCGCCGAGAAAAACGAGAGUUUAUUCUCUUUCUUUGAAACAAUGGUUAUCUUUUACAAAGGAUAUUUUCUCGAAAGAUCUUAUGAUAUAUUCAUCAGAAAUUUAAGGAAAGCUCAUUAUCAUACACUCAAAAGAAGAAUUUAUUCUUUUUAUAAAAAUAUUACGUAACUUUACGUAGUAAACAAACUGAACUUUUGUUUCCAUUUAAUAUUUAUGAGAUGCUAAACUUGCUAGAAUUCCGAACGUACCACGAAUAGAUUUGAUACUUGUGAUGAAAAUUUGUGAUAGAUUUGCGGAUAUAUAAACUUAUGAAAUACUUGAAACAUGCAACAUUUAUUUGAGUGUAGUAUGUAUUUUUCUGUGUGUAAUUAGCACUGUAAAUGAAGUAGAAAACGUACGAGAAAUGUCACUUGUACGUUUGAAAGAGUAACAAGCUUCUCGGCAAAGCUGUACGUUAGAAUCAAAAGAGAUUGAUAUAGGCUAUCAAAGUAGACGUUAAAUGGAAUAUUAAGAUUGAAAAUAAGUUGAAAAUUUCAACUCGAUAUUGCGGUCACGAUAGUACCGUAAGAAUGCAAUCGAUGAGCUAAUACUCGAAAGGAUUAGUCGUCGUUAUCGCGGCGCAGGCUGUGUAUAUAUACACACAUUCCUUUAUAUAUUCCGGCCAAAAACUAUAUUUCAUAUAAAUGAGACUUUUUCCUCAUAAAACGUAGAUUCAGGCGAAAAAAGUGUCACCUACAAACGGAAGGAUGAUUAAUGUACCGACCGUAAUAAGCACUUUGGCCGUGCUUAAUUAGAAAUCGCGUAAUUUAUUCGACAAACGCGCGGCGGAAUGCGAGCCGAGUCGAGCUGAGUUCUUUCACCUCCCACCUUUAUACGGCCAUACCGUAUUUUCGCAUGCUAAUUCGUCGCCGCUCUCGCGCGCGACUCAAUUUUCGCGCGGCUCCGUUAAAGCGGCCCACGUGGUAUUUUCUCGCGUCGAAAAGUUACCGGUCGUGAGUCGCCGUGCGGACGACGGCGCGGGCGAUCGGAAUUCGCUACGUGAGGAUCUUUCUCGCACGUGCAUCGGCUCACACUGGUGGUGUAUUGUUCUUGACGUGAAGGGCGUCCGCUAAUGAUCUCCAACGACACGCGGUGGCGGAAACCACCAUCACUAUCGGAGUUCUCUCUCACUACGCGCAUCGGCAGGGGCGAAGCUCGAAGCACUCCGUCUGAUAGAUGUUGUCUUAAACGAGAUAAAUAGGAUCAUUUUUCACGAUUCCUACGAUCACGGUAAAAGCCGGUAGACAAAGAUUAAUUCGAUGAAGCGGCGCGAGCGGCUUCGGGAUUUUCGCUAUACCGCGAUGAAUGCGUUGCGCACACUUUACUUAUGUCGAAGCGUCCUAUUUCGCGCUGCGAUUCACUGAGUAAUUCCUGUAAAAGCUGCUGCAGUGACUUUACCCGAUAAAGUGGCCCCCCAGCAGCGGCGACGGCAGCAAACAGCAACAGCAACAACAGCAGCGUCUGUCGUGGCUGUUUGUGCGCUCCGCGCGUAGUUUCAGCGGUCUCGAACUGCGCGAAAUGAGUCGUCGCGAGAAGCAGCGGAUUUUAUUCAGUGAAACAAAACUAGAGAGAGAGAAUGCCGCCGUGGUAGAUUAUCACGGCGAGUUUCGCGUCCGGUACGCGAGAUAUUCCAUCGAGCGCGUAUUUUCUAACGCGUACAAAUAUUACGUAUCACGUACACGGAAUGAAUAUACGCGCACACAAUGUGGGAAACGCGACGCGCGACGUUGCGUCUCGUUAACGACAGAUUCCUGCGGAAAAAUUAAUAAUCCGCCGAGGAGACCAUGGCGGAGACAUAAAGCGAAUUUGUUAUAUUGUAAUCGGAGAUUGGGCAGAGAAAGAGAGAAAAGAGAAAGAGAGAGAGAAAGAAAGAGAGUCUCGUGCUUGUUAUAUCAGACACGAGCUAUACUCUCUUAAAGUGAAUCAGUAAAAAAAUGUUUCCGAUUGUGUCAGUAAAAGAAGUAUUUCAUCGAUAAUGAAUAUUCACUGAUUUUUGGUGUAGAUAUUCCCAUUUUACUAUUCUGUCUUAUAUCUUGGUCAUCGACUGUGACCAAAAAAGAUUCCACCGCAAAAUCUGUGUGGUAUACAAAAAUUCGUUAUAUUUUGUGUCAAAUUUAACUUUCUAUGUUCGCAGCAUUAAAAUUAACUUCCGUGACGAUACACGUGCAGUAACAUUGUUUGUGUCUUGCAACCUGCAUCAAUAAUGGAAACAGUAAUCUAUCUCGAUACUUCCAUCUAACAUCUAUUUCGAUACUCUGAAGCUUACAUCAGUUUGAAUCUAUUUAACUUGCAAAUUCGCCGAGAGAUUCUCUUUAGGAUCCAUAAAUGGCAUUUCGUGCGUUUUCUGCCACUUAAAGGCGUUAUAAGUAGGAUUUCUAUGUGUAUUACACAUACACUGAUCCUUCAGAAUAUACAGAUGUUAGGAAGUUCAGGUCAGAAGUAAGGCUAGAGUUUCCACUCGGGUACAAUCAACUGACAGUAUCUUCUUUCAUUAUCAAUCUUUCAGCGAGAUUUUACUGAUUGCGGCGCUGUACUUGUAGCUGCACCAUCAGUUAUAGAUGUAGCAUCCCAGUGAAGUAGACACUGAUUGCACUUUAGAGCGUAGCGUCCCGGGAGGUCGUAGAGAUUAUAAUACGUGUGUGAGACGAAUGAUCAUUGUGUUAUAACGCAACAAUAAACCCGGCCACGUCCAAGAAUCAGCGCUUGACCGACGCGCACCACGAUCACGUAUUCCCGGGACGAGCCGGAGUUAUCCCAUAUUGUGUGGGUGUGUAUCGCGCGCGAAGAGCGAAAAUGAAUCGAUUCUCGUGUGUAGCCAUCCAUUUCCUUGUCGAAGUCCUCGGAGAUCGCUCCGCCUAGCCCAGAAACUCCGCCAAAGUCGAUAAUUUAUUUCGUAACUCCGCUCCCGUGACCCGUUCCCGACGUGUUUGUAAAUCGACAACCUUCUUACAGCUCGUGCGGGGCUACGUGCUCCGCUAAUUAAUACAGGACGGCGGGACGCGAUUUUUACACGUCCGCGGAUACCGUCGGAUAAUUACGUAGGCUUGCUUGCUUGCUUGCUUGCUUACUUGCUUGUUGGCUCGCUGGUUUACUGGCUGACUGGCUGGCUGGCUUGCUUGCUUACUUGCUUGCUUGCUUGCUUGCGUGCAUGGCAAUUUUGUUAUGUUAAUAAAACGGAUAUUACAACGUAGCCGCGUACUGCGAAUAUACAAUAUCGACGUAUGCGACGUAUCGCGACAACAUAUUACAUUAUGAUUAUGAGAUACGGCUUGAUAUCGAUAUUAAACAGCUGUGACUACAUUGCAUAUUCAUUGUAAAACAAACGUUGCUGGGAAUGAUGUAUACGUGUGUGCGCGUGAUGCGGAUUACUGUAGAAUACGCUUCGGGCGAUUUAUAAUUCGCGACAAAAUUUGCGGCGAAAUUCUACGCGCACAAGGCAGGAAGGAUUAGAUCUGCGUUUAUGGAUGCAUACACAUAGUACGUCUAUGCACCUGUAUAUGUCUGUGAGUCUUCUUCCAAUAUUAAGUUAUAUAAAAAUCAAAGAAUCGAUACGAAUUCUAUUCUCGAAUUCUGUGCCAUGGUUUAAUGUCGGAGGCGAGCUGGACGAUAAUAGUCGACAAUGAUAAAAUUGAUAACCCGCUCGUUCUAUGGACGAGAUUCGCAUCGAGUUUUCUCAUCAUCACGAGAGGUAUCGUUACGCGUGAAACGUAUUCUGCAACUGCGCGGACUGUUAAGUUUACAGCGUUACAACCGUGCGCAUAUUGCAUUAAAAUAUAUGAGCGAGGGGACUACGACGGCCGGAAAUAAAUCUUGAUCUGACUCGAGGUCGAUGCAGAUACCGCAGGUUGUGGGCCAACGAUCGCGGGGACGGAGCACGAGGAACCGUAGAACGAACCAACCGAUAGCGCGGACACGAUGGAAGAGUUUUCGCUGGCACACGAGAAAUAAUAUUUGUUCGUCGUUUCAUCGAACGACGUAUGUACGUGACGUGAAGACGAUACACACGUCGUUUUGAGAGAGAGAGAGAGAGAGAGAGAGAGAGAGGGAGAGAGAGGGAGAGAGAAAGAGAGGACUGGGACCGUUUCGCGUCGCCGCGGCCGGCGAAAUCUGAUUUUCAUCUGCCAAAGAGCGGAGCGAACGUCAAACGCCGAGGAUUUGUUUACUUAACAUUACACUUGGAAAAGUUCGAGGGAGGCGCAGAGCACACACGAGCACCCUCAUGUACACUCACAUACACUCACAUUUGAAGUUACAUCGUGACGAAACGCGCAGAGAAACAGAACUGUCGCUCCGCGACAAGAAAUUCGAAAAGCAUACUUUCAUAAUCUUCUCAGUCUUAAGGCAAACUAUCUCAACAUUUUACGAAAGUAUUAGGUUUCCCUUAAUUUGAAAGAUUAUUGGGAUAUAUUUUUUUCAAGACUUUUAUUCUCUCUUAUACUUUGCGGUGCAACCAAUUGAUUUGAAGGAUGCUAAAUAAAGUUUCACGCACUCUUCAAGUAAGGAGAGUCAGACUUGGAAACAAUGCCCAGCCUACUGGACACCGGGGACUGAGGGGGAUAAAAAGCGAGACUUUUAUAAAGCUCGCGAUAAUGACGAUAAAUCACUCAGGAAUUGGAAAGUCGAGACUGCGACUCGAUAUCCGAGGGGCAUGUAAACGGAUAACGAUAAAAGUCCCGCGCGCUUUUUUUCUCGCGCGUUCCUGCGAUGUAAUGCUGAAAAUUGUAAUUCGUCAGCGCGAUUUAUUGAAUGCUAUCAAUGCGCGCCCCGCAUACCGGUUUUAAUGAACGCUACUGUACGCGAAGGAAAUUUAAUAAAUAUUUCCAAGCGCCCCUGUGUAUGUACAUAUAUCGAUUCGCGUCACGGGGGACGGGGGCAGAAAAAAUACCGGUUAUUAUUGAAUCCGAUUGACGGCGCGCUUCUGACUUUUCCGGCGAUCUAGCCGAUUAAAUGAUUAAAUAUUCGGCAAUUGGAGCCCUCCGCGUGCGUUACGAGUGGCGAAAUGUUUUUUACGUUAUACCAAGCGUUGUGAUGCUGCUUAGCCCUUUCCCUGCAAUCAAGCGGCCGAGUGUGAUUCUCUUCCUCUUCUCUGUUCCUCCUCCUGCUCUUUCGCCUUCCCUAUCCCUCUCCCACUAGUGACCCUCGAAAUACCGCUUUUAAUCGGUCUCUCGUAUAUCGCGGGCACUUUAACGCUACAUCUGCUAAUUGCGUCGGUAAUGGCGUUUCUGGGAUUCGGGCACAAAUUCGCUUGAUCGUCCGUGCGAUUUUGGAAAAUCGUCGUGUGAAUACUUAAUAAGCCAUAUUCCAGAUACAUUAUCGCGAGGCGAACACGGCCGCGCAUGUACGAGAGCAUGAUAUAAUCGUCGAUCCGCUUGUAGCUCGUGAUCCAGAAUGCGCCGGAUAUUUUCAGCAGCCUCCACGGGAAUUAUGUUGAGAGAGAGAAAGCGAGAGCGAGGUAGACAAAGGGAGAGAGAGCGAGGAAGAGAGAGAGAGAGAGAGGGAGA